AUGCGCUCCACCCAGCUGCCUAACGGGCAGUCCUUCUCUGUCACCCCGGUAUUUGGGGGUUUUACUUUCAAGUCCAACAAUCUGAGUCUGGGUAGUUCACUCCUUCCUCCGGGUUGGACUGUUGUCCUGGGCACGCGACGUCACCCUGACGAGCUUCCUGAUGAGGAGCUGCCAGACCAUGAGCGCGGUCGAGCUCGAGAGCUAGAGAAGAGAGGAUCGAAUGUAUCCCAGGUCACUCGGUUCACGGUUCCGACCUUAUCUCAGGAUGAGCUCUAUAUUUCAUACAUCGUGAACCCCCCGGACACUGAUUUUAAGCCUGUCACCUCUCCAACUCGGCAGAUCGCCAUGAUGCUCUGGGUCACUCUAUAUUGGUACUUCCAUGAGCCUGAACCCGAGCGCCAAUUGUCCACUGCAGCAUCGUCGAAUACGCCUGCGGCUGGAAGGCCCAAGGGGGAUUGGCGAGUAAAUAUCAACCGAGAGGGUAUAUUUACCGGCCGCAAUGUGUUGCAGAAGCUGGAGCGCAUGGGGCUAAUUGCCUGUGAUAAUUCAUCUGUUGGAGCCGACCCAAACAGCAUGGAUAACUGGUCGCACAUGUUCGUCAGCCAGCACAGUUUCUGGCAGCUUGACCCGCGCCUGUAUCUCUUCACAUUAAGCCCACAGUCGUUUACGCGUUCUCUGGGGGGCUCGCCGUUCGGGAGGGUUGCUUCGCCGUCCCGCGAGAGCUUGUACCAAAAUGACCCGAAUUCUCGUCCAAGAUCUGCAGGUUCGGGUCACUAUAUACCUAGCGAGGGGCCUUUUGCUUCUCAUAGUCACCUUCCGACUUUCUUUCCUGCUCCGCCUUCUCAGUUCACAUUCACAAAUGGCGUGCGGCACCCAAUCAGACAGAAGCCGCCUCACCAAGGAGAAGUCUUCUAUGUGCGCUACAUCCCAAGCGUUCAGCAAUAUCUCUCCUUCCGAGUCCCAUACCUGCCUCCUCGGGGAGAUGAGACUAAAAGGCCAACUCCAGCCCGUGCAUUCAGUCCGGUGAGCACUAUAGAUAAGCAGGCCGAGAACUCACCCUCGGACCUUGAUUAUCUGCAUAAAUGGAUGAAUGACCCUCGGGUCAAUGCAUCAUGGGGAGAGGCCGGCCCAAUCGAGCAUCAAGAGAAGUUCCUCCGGCAGAAUCUCUCUAGUAAACACAGCUUUCCUGUCAUUGGGUGUUGGGAUGGCCAGCCUUUCGGCUACUUCGAGAUAUACUGGGUCAAGGAAGAUCGGUUAGGAUCGUUGAUCGGAGGUGCCGACAACUACGACCGAGGAAUCCAUCUUCUAAUAGGAGAGCAGGAUUAUCGCGGACCACACCGAGUCAACGCAUGGCUCUCUUCGCUGGUCCAUUUCUGCUGGUUAGCGGAUAUGCGUACUCAAACUGUGAUGUUGGAACCACGGGUAGAUAAUACAAAAGUAAUCAGCUAUUUACAGGGAGCAGGGUUCCACAAAGAUGGCGAAGUUACAUUUCCUCACAAGCAGUCGGCACUGAUGAAGAUUCGGCGUGAGCACUGGGAUGCCCCUGCUAAGUGA